CUUCUAGCUUUAACCACAGUAUAAGUGCCAUUGUCCUGUCGGUCCUCGUCUGUCGAAUCUGAAUGUCAACGUGCAACAGAUGGAAAAUCUGAUACUCUGUCACCCAAGGGCGUCUUCUAGUCAAGAUCCCAAUCAAGCGAUAAUAGUCAAAUGUGAAGUUCCACAGACUAUUCCCAAUAACCAUGUCCUGCUAGAAGUCGACCGCUUCGGUUUCUCCACGAACAAUAUGACAUAUCAAGCUUUGGGCGAGGCUUCGCACUUCAGGUAUUUUGAAUUCCACCACGCUCCAGAUGCAGAAGGAGUCUCCUCAACAACUCACGGUGUGACUCCUGUGUGGGGUUUUGGUACUAUCAUAAAGUCCACGCACCCUAAAGUCCAUCCUGGAGAGCGAGUGUAUGGAUACUUCGCCCCAGCACGAUAUCUUUUACUCGCGGUAUCUUCGAACGUCAACAAGUAUGCUUUCUUUGUGCCUCGUCCUCAUCUUCCUCCAGACCGCCGACCGUACAACCAGAUUACGCGGUGCGCUGAGGACCCGUUAUAUGAUCCAUCACCAACUGCGGAAGAUCUCACAAUGCUCUAUCGCCCUCUUUUCUGGACUUCAUUUUGGUGUGAGGACUGGCUUAAUUCGUCCAAUUACAAGGGAGGGUCCACUCAUAUCCUUAUAUCCUCUGCCUCUUCAAAGACUGCCUUCUGCCUGGCAUAUCUGAUCCGCAGACGUAACUCUCUGCAGGGGAGUUCGACGAGACGGGUGAUUGGACUAACGUCAAAGAAGAAUAUCGCUUUCACGAAACGUCUUGCCCUAUACGACGAUGUCUUUGACUACGAGUCAUUCGAUACGUCACUUGUCGGGGACCUCGCACGGGGACGCUGGAUAUAUGUAGACGUUACAGGUAACGAUGCACUUAACGCCAGAGUGCGCGACCAUUUCCGUGCGUGUGGCGACUCUGAACUCGUCACAUGUAUUGCGCUCGGCUUGACGAACGUGUCAGCUUCUACAACCGAACCCUCGUCUGCUACUGGCUGGGGUUCCGAUUCAGAGGCUCCGCAAGGAGGUGACAAAAUGGAACACUUUUUCAUGCCUGAGUGGCUUUCCAUACGCAAGCAACAGCUUUCGGUUUCUGCGAUCACUCAGAUGCAGAAGGAAGCUUGGACUAGGCUUAUGUCCGACUGUGGAACCUGGGGUGUAUCACUUCGGCGGGUUUGUGGUCCUGACCAGGUGAAGGCUGCGUAUGAAGAGAUAGUUAAGCGUGGACUAGCGCCGGAGGAGGCGUUCGUAUGGAGUCUGUGGGGGGAGACCAGGGUGUAUGGCUCAACGGCGAAAUUAUGAUAUGGUCCUUGAGCAUCCAUCUCUCUUACGUUGGCUGAUCAAACCAAACCUGGCUAACCAUCCUCCCGGCUUCUUAGACCACAUCUUAUCGUUCUCUACACUUACGACCCAUAUGUGUGUCUUGUCGUGGCCUUGCUUAAUUGACCAACGCGAUGCUAACAUUGAUGCACCUCUCAGAUUUCAACGAGACCAUUGGUAGUUACAGUCAGCUAUGUAACUCCUUUCAAUUAUGAUAUAUAUAUUAUAACCACGAGAAACCUCAAGAACAAUUACUCCAAGUUGUCAC